AUGGCUGAGUCCAUUAGUGAACUAAACAUGGAUACAUCUGUUUUCUGUCGUGGGUGUCUCAUGGAAUAUGGGGCCAUGAAAAAUAUGGUUGAACACGGCCUUUUGGAAGACUUUUAUAAAUUUGGCGAUAUUGAGGCCAGUGAUCAAAACAGACUCUCUGAAUUACUCUGCGCAUCUUGCGAAGACACUCUCCUGGAGUGCCGGAGGUUUCGCGCCCAAUGUCAACAGUCCGACUCCAUACUCAAGAGCAAUGCUACACUGAACAAAUCCGCUACACAAAAUAGCGGUCAUGGCGUGACCGGAGAGUCGAUAGGUGUCGAGAAACAAGAGAACAGCGUUUCAACCAUGCUCUACGACAAAAGGCUGGUCGUGACGAUAACCGCACCGGACACAAGCGCGAAGAUAGCGCUCCCCUGUCCCUUCCGCUGCGCAGAAACGUUCGCCAAGAAGCCGGAACUGCUCACUCACAUGCUGAGGAAACACGAUGCUCCCAAAGACUUCGCCGUGGAGUUGGAAUACUGCUGCCCAGUUGCUAACUGCUCCUACCACCCCGACACGGGCGGCAAACGCUUCUCCGGCAGGAAGUUCCUCAACCAGCACCUGAGCAAGGUCCACGGCGCUGAAGCCAGGACCUGCGAGCACUGCCAGCUGAGGUUCCCCACCGGCGGUGCGUUUACGAGGCACCUGGACACGUGCAACAUCACAUACGAGUGCAACGUAUGCGACCGCCAGUUCAAGACCAACGAGCGGCUGCUCGUUCACCUGAUGAGGAGGCACCCGCUUCUCCACCAGCGCUACAAAAUGGAGCGCAGGGCCGAGAGGAGGUCCAAGCGGGCCGGGGCGCGGACGGAGCUCGACUACAUCUGCGACAGCCCUAAGAGGACCUCGGCGACGCAGACCCUGGCCCUCGAGGGGAUCAGGAACGACGUGGCGCUCCCCUCGUGGCCCGAAGAGGCGAAGACCGACGAGAUAUCCACCCAGACCGCUCUAGAACUAAGGUCCCAGGGCAGCGACGAGGACUCCUACUUCCAGGAGGCCGUCCCUCUAGCGGACAUCCAGACGCAAACGUUCCCAGUAGAGUUCGGGCUGGCCCGAUCUAACAAGGAGACCAUCACGUCGCAGACCCAGUCGCCGGACCUGAGCAUAAAAGAGACCCAAACCUGCUGCUGCAUGUACGAGUCGCCCAAGUUCGGGGCCCGCCUCUUCGACAGCGUGUCAUCUAGUCCCGUAUUAAGCCUGACCUCCACGGAGACCCAGACCGCGGGCUUCGGCACGAAAAUCGACGCGCUGCUAGGCUUCUCCUCAGCGGAGACCCAGACCAGUUUCGAGGAGCUCCUGGACGAAGACCCCUUA